AUGAGCUUGCCUGUUACCAGAGACGACGUGUCGGUGGCUCUGGACUCUCCACUUAAGCCAUCGGCAUUCUCUAUCGCUCCAGAACUGCUUACCAAGCUUCACGACCCAAAAUCGUUGGCUGCUCUCCAUGAACUUGGUGGUCUUGAUGGUCUUGCCCAUCAGUUACAACUGGAGGUCAACCACGGUUUGAAUGAGCCUUCUCAUGACGAGCGUAUUCAUGCGUUUGGCCGCAAUGUGCUCCCGAUGAAGGUGGCCAAGUCCUUUUUCCGCCUCUGUCUCGAUGCCAUGAAAGACAAGGUUUUGAUUCUUUUGACAGUUGCUGCUGCCAUCUCGUUGGCUUUGGGUCUCUACGAGACAUUUGGCCAGGGUACCCAGUAUGACGACGAAAAUAAGCCCAUGCCCAAGGUUGACUGGGUAGAAGGUGUGGCCAUCAUUACUGCCGUGAUCAUUGUCGUGGUGGUGGGUGCUGCCAAUGACUAUCAGAAAGAGAGACAGUUCGCCAAGUUAAACGCCAAAAAGGAGGACCGUGAAAUUGUGGUGAUCCGUGGCGGCGAAAAAUCAAUGAUUUCCAUCUACGAUUUGCUUGUCGGUGAUAUCGUCUGUUUGGAAACUGGAGACGUGGUGCCUGCUGACUCGGUGUUAAUCUCGGGUGAGGUAGAAUGUGAUGAGUCUGCGCUCACCGGUGAGUCCAAUACUAUUAAGAAGAAGCCUGCGGACCUUGCCAUGGCUUUCUACGAAGAGAACCUCGAUAAAAAGGAGGAUUUGGGCUCAACAUCUAUCAAGUUUAAGGACCCAUUUCUCAUCUCGGGUGCCAAAGUGUUAUCUGGUGUUGGAACGGCUCUUGUUACUGCAGUUGGUGUCAACUCCAUCCACGGUAGAACUAUGCUCUCUUUGAGUCACGAGAAUGAGGUUACUCCUUUGCAAGCUCGUUUGGAUAACUUGGCUGAAGGUAUCUCUAAGUAUGGUUUUUUGGCUGCUCUUGUUUUGUUUGUCGUUUUGCUUAUACGUUUCUGCAUUAAUGUUACCCCCGGUGGAAACUACUACGACCACAAGCCUGCUGAAAAGGGUAAGAAAUUUGUGGAUAUCUUGAUUGUGGCUGUGACCAUUGUGGUGGUGGCCGUUCCUGAAGGUUUGCCUUUGGCUGUCACUUUGGCUUUAGCAUUCGCAACCACUAGAAUGGCCCAGAAUGGUAACUUGGUCCGUGUUUUGCGCUCUUGUGAAACCAUGGGUGGAGCAACUGCAAUCUGCUCUGACAAGACAGGUACCCUUACUGAGAACAGAAUGAGAAUUGUCCGUGGUUACGUCAACGAAAAGUUGCACUUCGAUGAUUCGGUAAAUUCCGGCAAUAUCAAUGAUGCACCGAAGUCCGUGGAUAUCGUGGACUCUAUUCCUCAUGACAACUUGGUCUUCAUCUCGUCCAACAUCACUCUUAACUCUACCGCUUUCGAGAACCCUGACUACGAUGAAGAAAAAGCUGUGAGGGCCAGACAGAAGCCUCAGAAGAGAUCCUUCUUUUACCACUUGUUUCACAGUAACCAGGGAGACCGCCAAAAGGAAAUUCAGGAGUUCAAUGUUGUUUCUGAACCUUACUUGGGUAACAAAACUGAGUCUGCAUUGUUGAUCUUUGCUAAGGGCCGUUUCAACCAAUUCUCGUCCGAGUCUUUGGAAAAACAACGUCAAACAGGAAAGAAGGAGAUUGUCCAAGUCAUUCCAUUCGAGAGUUCAAGAAAAUGGGCUGGUAUUGUCAUGAAAAUCGACAAUGGCUAUCGUUUCUAUGUGAAAGGAGCUGCUGAGAUUAUUUUCAAGAAUUGUUCUUUUGGAUAUGACGAUUCCAACAAAUUGGUUUCCUUGGACAGAACCCAGAGAGAUGAUGUUUUAACUAAGAUCGACGAAUAUGCCAAUGACGCUUUACGUGCCAUUAUGUUGGGUCACAAAGAUUUUGUUGGAAUCGAGCUGUGGCCACCUGCUAACCUCGAAGACCCACACAGAUCUGGCCAGGCUGAUCCAGACUUGUUGGUGAACGUUAAAAACUCUACCCACGAGAUCGACACCAACCUUACUAUGGACUUCCUUGUUGGACUCCAGGAUCCCUUGAAGGAGGGUGUUCCAGAAGCCGUCAUGCAAUGCAAAAUGGCUGGCGUCACUGUUAGAAUGGUUACUGGUGACAACUUGGUCACGGCUAAGGCUAUUUCUAGAGGCUGUAACAUCUUGACUCCUGAUGAUUCGUCGAAUGAAUAUGCGUACAUGGAAGGACCAACCUUUAGAGACUUGAGUGAUGAGGAUCGUACACGUAUUGUUCCUCAGUUGAAGGUUUUGGCAAGAUCCUCUCCAGAGGACAAGAGAAUUUUGGUCGAUACUUUGAGAAGGGCUGGCGAAGUUGUCGCUGUGACUGGUGACGGUACUAAUGAUGCUCCAGCUUUGAAGUUGGCUGAUGUCGGAUUUUCUAUGGGUAUCAGUGGUACUGAAGUCGCUAGAGAAGCUUCUGACAUUAUCUUGAUGACUGACGAUUUCACUGACAUUGUGCAAGCGAUCAAGUGGGGUAGAACCGUUGCGGAAUCCAUCAAAAAGUUCAUCCAGUUCCAGUUGACCGUCAAUAUCACUGCUUGUGUGUUGACAUUUGUAUCUGCUGUUGCUUCGUCUCACGGUCAAUCUGUCUUGACCGCUGUCCAAUUGUUGUGGGUCAACUUGAUUAUGGACACUUUGGCAGCUUUGGCAUUGGCCACCGAUAAGCCAGAUGACGCAUUGUUGAACAGAAAGCCUGCUGGUAGAACUGCUCCUUUAAUCAGUGUUUCCAUGUGGAAGAUGAUCAUUGGUCAGUCGAUUAACCAGUUGAUCAUUACGUUUGUUUUGCACUUCGCUGGCCGUCAGAUAUUCUUUGGUGGAGGUGAUAUCUCUAACCACGAGAACAAGCAGUUGGAUGCCAUGACUUUCAACACAUUCGUGUGGUUGCAGUUCUGGAAGUUGUUUGUUACCAGAAAGUUAGAUGAAUGUGCUGACGUUAGAACCGUUAGAGAGCGUAUUUCGUGGGAGAAUUUGAACUUCUUUGCUCAUUUGUUCAGAAACUGGUAUUUUAUCUUCAUCGCUGUUCUCAUUGGUGCUAUGCAAGUGUUGAUUAUGUUUGUCGGUGGUGCAGCAUUCACUGUUGCAAGACAAACUCCGGCCAUGUGGGCUACUGCCAUCAUUUGUGGUUUGGUCUCGCUUCCAGUGGGAGCCAUAAUCAGAAUCAUUCCUAACUGGUGGAUUGUUGCAAUUUUCCCAACAAAGGCUUUCAACACUUUCCUCUACUACGCUGGCUUCAGCUUCUUAAGCAAGAAGAGUAGGGCCAAGCGUGCUGGCAAGGAUUUGGAAAAGAAUGAGAACCAGGGCUCAGACUCGCCAGAGUCUACGGAGGUCAGUGAAACCAAGUAA